CUACUUGACCGGUCAGAGAUGAAGUAGUAGAGACCUUGAAGCGACUGCAGAGCCAGAAGGGCGUGCAGGGAAUCAUUGUGGCGAACACAAAAGGCAUUCCCAUCAAAAGCACGAUGGACAAUUCCACGACCCCACAGUACGCCAAUCUCAUGCACAACUUCAUGUUGAAGGCACGGAGCACGAUGCAAGAAAUCGACCCCCAAAAUGACCUUAUCUUCCUUCGAAUUCACUCCAAGAAAAAUGAAAUCAUGGUUGCACCAGAUAAAGACUAUUUCCUGAUUGUGAUUCAGAAUCCAACUGAAUAACCUUCUCUCUAGGGUCCCUGUGUUAUUCUUUAACUUAAUGCCACC